AUGUACCGCGCCCACGGUUCGACUAUGGAAAUGAUCAUGCAUACUAUGGACUCCGGACUAUGUGGGUUCCUCUACAAUUUCUAUCUCUUUUUGUCAUUACGCGACCUGACAGACCUUAUAGAUUUUCAAGCCUCGUGGUCAGCCGAGUUGGCCGCCUGUACCGGAUACCCGGAUACCAGUCCUUAUACCCCCCAACUCGGACCAUUAUACAAUUGCCUCAUCCCCCCAGCCCUUGCCGAUAUCCCCCAAUUCAGUUCAGCUCCUACCAAUAAUUCUAGGCACCAACUUCCGCAACAGCAACAUUCACAAUCAUCGCACGUUUUGGCCUCCGGCCGCCAUCUUUUCCAGGGUUUGCGCGUGGGUCAUAAUCCAAUGCGAUCGGGUCAUACAGCCGGACAGGCAGUCGUUGCUGGCUCAGCUGGUGGAAAAGGAGGUACCGGAUUGAGCACGAAACCAAAAUUUACGAUGCCUUCACUGCGAGGGGUGGCUCGUAUCUAUGCGCUUGCCCUUUCUCGCUACAAGCCUAAGCCACAACAGACUAAGGCACACAAUCAGCCACCGUCAUCGUCAGAGGCAGCAGCUGCGGGAGCCACAGGAACCAAGGAUGAAGCAUUGCCGACAGACGAUGCGAGAAUAGGGAAGAAUGGUGCAGGGACCACGGAGGAAGAAGUAGGAGUAGAUGGUACUGCAGCAGCAUCUACAGUGACCACUUCUGGUUCGUCUAGCGGAGGCACCAAAGCGACUUCUGACCUGUCACCAACGCCACAGACUGAUCUUAUAUAUGGAACAUAUGAGGUUAGCUGCUUGUCCUUGCACUCAUUACCUCGCUCGUCUAUAUAUGAAGAAGAGUAG